AUGUCUUUCCUUCAUGGUGUUCUUGAGAGUGUUAAGGAUGAUGAGAGUGUGAAGCAUUAUUAUUCCACUGCUGAAAUGGACAAAAUACUUGAGAAAAUAAAGAAUUCUAUGCAUCAAAAAGGUGCGCUGCGGGAGUGGGACGAUGGAGUCUGGACAAGAACUACGGCACUUAAUAACGCACUUAAUAGCUUACAGACUAACAUAUUUAAUGAUAUUGAUACUUCACUUAGAGCACUUAGUCGUUGUGGGCCUGCUGAUGUUGCUCGCAAUUUGCAUCGAUGCAUCCGGAAUGCUGAAAGGCUUCCUGAGGCAGUUAGCUCGGCAUACACAAAACAUGGUGAAUUAGAUCGUGAGCUUCGUAAGAAGCUUCUGGACCACCUACGCAAAAUAGAAAUACAAGUUACGUCUUUUGUUAGUGCGGCCAGUAACGGUGAGUUAAAGGAGGUGGUGGAGAGGGCAAAAAUCGCACUCGGCACCAUGAGAAAAAAUGUGGAUGACAGCGUUCGGACGCGUAUUGCGCAGCUUCAGCAUGACUUGGAAGAGGCCUUUAGAACCACAAUCAAAGAGCCGAUUGAGUAUGUUGCUAAGGCUUUAGAAAGGGUGAACAGUGAUCUAUGGAAGUGGAUGUCGGAGGCCCACAGUGUCAUUACGAAGGCAGACGAAAAAGCGAGAGAGGUGUACGGGAGAUUGAAUGAUAGAAAGUAUGAUGAUGGAAAAAAAGUAAUCGAAAAAACGGAGCUUUGUAGAAAACUCGAACAAAUUAGCACAGCCAAAGAGAAAAUUGAUAUUGCAAAUGGCCAACUUGAAGCUAAGGUUUUGGCAUUAGAUGGUUGGAUUAGCACGGAGCAUGGGACUAUUGAGGGUGCGCUGGGGAAAAUCGCGGUAAUUAUGAAAGAAGUGGACGGGCCUGCGACGAAGAAGGCUGCGAUUAUUGACGAGGCCAACAAGUUGUACGGUCAUGCUACCAGUCUCCUGGAAGCAUCUGUAACGGCCAAAACGCGAGUAACGGUUGCUGUGCAGGAAGCUGUUCGGACAUUAGAAGGUUUGAAUGCUAAAGUUAGUGAGGCGUUGGAGGCUUUUAAAAAAGAAAUGAAUCCAAUUAUUAGUGGAUGCUUAAGCAGUUUGGAAAAUGUAAGGUUUGCCAGUAAUAAGGUAACCAACCUUGGCAGUUUGCCCCAAAGCGGCCUUGUUGCACAGUGGCUUCAAAAUAUCCAAACGGAAGGCGGUGCUCUACGUGCUUUUGAUUCCCUUCAUUAUGAUGGUUCCACGGUUUUAACAGAGAUAUUUAACGUACUUAAAGCAGAUUUAAGGGUUGGUACUAUAAAGAGCAAUCGUAUAAAAUUCUUCAAGGCGUUGGAUGAAGAUAUGCAAAAUGCAAUUAAGGACAUUACAGAUCUUACAAAUCCCAAUGACCCUAUGAAGCCUGUCCGUGAUCAGCUGAAAGGUGACAACGGAAGCAACCUUCAUAAGGCAGUGAGUGAUAUAACACAAAACGUUAAAGAACUUACUGAGUCAACAAAGAAAGAUGCACUAACUAUUGAAAUCUUCGGCUGUUUCGACAAAGUUCGAAAUACGUUAGAUAGUUUGUGCAGUGAAGUUAAAACGCAGGCCGGUGACUCAAGUGGUCUGCAAAAAGAAUUGGCUGGGUUGCAAACUAGGAUAGGCAAAAAUACGAAAGAUGAUACGUGCCUCGGUGGAAUUCAAAAAAAACUCUGUGAGCUGCAUAAGGAUGAGUUGUCUCCCCAACCUGAGCUUAUCACCUUAGCUUUAUCAAGCAUUCAGAAGGAGCUGGGAGAGCUCCAAGAGGUCUUGAGCACUGACGUCAUCAAAGCUCUUGAUGACUUGCUAAAUAAGGGUAUUUUACGUGACCAGAAAUGGAAGCAAACCUUUGGUCUUGACAACAUCCAUAACGAGAUUGCUGGUAUCCUGUAUACAAACCCUGUCAACCUAACGGCAAUAAUCGCCCAAGCCAACACCUUUCUGACCCAGACAAUCCCGCAGCAGGCAGCCAUAGCCCUUGAAGGAAUAAAAAACUAUGUCGCCCAGGAAGUUGAAAGCACAACUAAGGCCAUUCAGUCCAAGGCAAAGGAAGAUUACUACAAUAAGAUUAACAAAAUGUUCAACGAUAUGAAAUCAUGCGUUUCCAACUACAUCGCAGAAAUUGAAGCCAUGUUCGAUAGAGAUUUAUCAACGGGCGUCAAAUAUUUAAUGAGGCACUUAAGAGGCAAAGUAGAUGGUCAGGCAGAUCAACAACCUCCGCCUCAACCAAAUUCCAGUCUGCUUGAUGGGCUAAGAACUGCUGUGGGUGAUGAAAAUCCGCAACAUUGGGAUAAAGUUAAAAAGUUGGUGGAUGCAUUCAAAAGCUACGUGGACCCCAUUUUUGAUUUCAUCGAAGACCAAUUUAAAUCGCCUUCAUUUUUCCUGCCUAAUGUUCCCGGUAAAAAGUCUACUGAUGAGUCUGACCGAAUUUUCACCAUCCACUCCGCCCUGCAAUCCCUCCUCUCCCACGUGUCCGACAAAAAACACUUCACCCACGAGGUACCCGGAAUGCUCGCGCAACUCAAGACGUCCGUCCAAGCACUCACCUCCACAAAGUUCGCCAGCCCCGCGUACCCCGUGCUCGACGCUUUCCCCAAGAGCCUGGUAAAGUUCGUCGAGCAGCUGGAGAAGGGGUAUGUUAAUAGGUAUGAGGGGCAUCCUGAUACAGAAGAGUGGAAAGAAUUUAUUAAAGCUCCAGCACAAUCUCCCCCUGACAAAUAUGUUUUGACUUCUUAUGGUACGAAUUUGUCGAAGGUUUUGCUCACGUUAAUGGAGGGGCUGCAAAAAUAUAUCACUGAUUUGAGACGAGAAUGUAAUAGUGGUGGUAAGUGGUCAAAGCAUACAAUCAAUUCACGUACUGAACUCGGCCGCUGGUUAAAGGACCGUGGUUUCAGCGUGUCCAAGUCCGACAAGCAAGAAGGUGAGCUGGACAGCACUAAGAAUGGCUGGAAAAUUUAUGGACUCCUAUGCGGCACGGUAGGGGCGAAAAAAGUCUUCGCAUUAGAUCCUACCAAUGGUAAUGAUUACAGCUUAGUUGAGAGACUUCGACAACUUUUCCGCAAGUACUACGCCGUUUGCCAGCAUAUUCAUAUUGAUAAGCCAAGAUCCCCGAGUAAUAUCUACCAAAUGCUUUGCUGGCUCUCUGGGUUUUACUUUAAUCCGAUGUAUAAUAAAAUGGAGGGGCAAUUUAAGACACUGUUCCCUAAACCUGAUGGACAGCAGGAAACAGAUUACAGGGACAUUGAAGCCAGCAAAUUGACACUUCCUGCAACCACACCUUUUACAGCUCACAGCGUAGUUGAGAAACUCGGACAAGUGUGCUUACACUCGCAACUUGUAUUAGUCGCCAUCCUCGGUCACGGCGACGCCGACGGGCGAUACGCUAUCGAUUUCAGUACUAACCCAGAUAACUUAAAUUAUCCUAAUAACUCCGAUGCGUGCUUUGAUAUGCUUACAGAUAUAUUAUAUAGAGUGUGUCACCAGUGUUCGUUCCUUUACGUUCAAUGCGGACGUCCAUAUAAUGCUGUCUCGUGGCUUGAUUGCUGGUAUGGGAAAGGAGUCGGCGGUUCAUCGUGGAACUGCAAUGACCUUAAAUGCCCUAACCAAACAUGUAGCCUGAGCGGUAACCAAACAGUUAAGCAAAGUGCUGGCCAAAAGGGUAACCAAAAUGCCGACCAAAGGUGUAACCAGCAUCCUACUUGCGGCCUCAAGUCACCCUUACAGUCUUUCUUAGAAGAUGGACUGCAAGGCUUCUUGCCGCACACAUUUAAAACGCCAGGUUGUAAGCUAGAAUGCUCGCUCAACAACCAUAACGGCCUUCCCUGCAAGACGCCCAUGGGCUUUGCAGAUAUUGGCGUUACCGCAUCGCAAUCAUCUAAAGGCAAACGCAUUAAGGAAUUGCUUGAACGUUUUUGUGGUACCAAGUCUUCUCCCCUCAAUGCUCUAUGCUCUUACAUCAGAUGUCUUCUGCAAAAGCCACCGCAGACUCUCGAUGAUAUGUUCGCAUUUUAUUACCACUUCCUCUAUAGAUGGAAUGACAGUGGUACGCAUAGGAAGGGUGCAUUCGAGGAAGCUGUCAAGAAAGCCAAUUUCGAAAACCAAGAAACACAAUUGGACAUUACUGCAAUGUUCAAGAGCACUAAUCAUAUGUUAGACAAGGAGUCUAGCCAUGCCCAUGAGAUUGCUCGAUGA